AUGAAUUUACUUAAUUUAUUGGUAGCUUUAAACUUUACAACUGUAAUUUUCGACUAUUUGAUUCUAAAUACAAUCAAUCCAAAUAACAGGCAGGAGACAACCGAAAUUUCUUGCAUGGAGCAAUACGAGUUCCUAAGGUCUCUUGCGAAUGAAAGCUUGAUGAAAAAAACGAAACUAAAACCUUCAAAGCGUAAUUUUCAACCAUAUCAAUUGGACAAAUUUCCCAAACAGAAAGAGUCUUUGCCGGAAUUAUUAGAGCUGCCAUCUAUGUGUGAACAAUAUCUGCAGAAGUCUUUAACCCAACUUAAUCCCCGUUUGAAAAGCGAGCGAAUUUGUAUUACAUUCAUUAGAUCCAGUCGCCAUUCGUGUGAGGGAGUUUUAAUUAGCUACUAUAAAUGCGUCUCGCAAUGCAUGCAAGCAAAAGCUGUUACAAGUUUUCCAAGCUUUGAGAUUACUAAAGAAAAAAAAAAAUUAAUUGCUGCCUUCAGCACUGAACGGCAAAUCAUUUUAUGUGCAAAAUCUGUAUUAUGGGGGUCAGUUUUUUGCCUCAAACCUAAAGUACCCUUAGAGUUUUAG